GGGGUGUAAGUUCAGGCAAGAUGGAGGAAGCGGCCUGUCCCGGUGCCGUUGCCGCCGCCGCGAUGCCGUCGGUGCGCCUGGUCCACCACGGCGGCAGCAGGAUCACCUCCUGCAGGCCCGUCUUCUCCACGGACAGCAGAUAUUUGUUUUGUGCAUCAGGAGACCAUGUGAAAAUAUAUAGUACUGCCACAGAGGAAUGUAUACAUGUAUUACAAGGUCAUAAGGAUCUAGUUACAGGCAUUCAGCUUAAUCCUCAAAAUCAUUUGCAGCUAUACUCUGCAUCGUUGGAUGGCACCAUUAAGCUUUGGGACUUCACUGAUGGAAUCUUAAUGAAGACAUUUUCAGUGAAUGUUAAACUACUAGCUUUAUACACCCCUGCUGGUGAUGAAAACACCGUCUUUGCUAUUGUUCCAAGAGACAAAGGAUUAUUUCAAUUGGUGUCCAUCAAACUGCCCAAGUCAACUGCUCAAGAAGUUGAUGCACAAGAUUUCACUGUCAUUUUGGAAGAUGUCUGUCAAUCACAAAAAUCAACAGCUUUUGGAAGAGAGGGCAAAUAUGUUGCUUCUGUUAAAACACUUGAGCUCCAAGUGUUUUUCUUCAAGAAGAAAAAGUCCUUCAGGUUUCCCUUGAGUUUCAAACAAACCAAAGGAUCUAAUAAUGCAUUCACGUGCGUAACGUGUCAUCCAAAGGAAGACUGCAUAGCAACAGGUCACCAAGAUGGCAAAAUCCGUCUCUGGUGGAAAUUCACCCACAAAAAGGAGUAUACAUACUCAUCACAGCAUUGGCACUACGAAGCUGUGAAUGACUUGGUCUUCUCCACAGAAGGUACCAAUUUGCUAAGUGGUGGAAUAGAAUCUGUGUUAGUUCAGUGGCGGUUUGGAUCUGAAGCAAAUAAAGACUUCCUGCCUCGACUUGGAGAGGCCAUUGAACACAUUGCAACCUCUCCUGAUGGUUUCUUCCAUUCUACAUCCCAUAGUGAUAAUAAAAUAGUGAUUAUCAAAAGCAAUCUGGAGCGUUCUGCUAUAAUUCAAGGUUUGGUUAAAGGUCAGGAUGUUUCGACUGGUAUGAUGAUUGACCCAAGGAGCAAAGCUUUGGUUCUAAAUGGAAAACCAGGGCAUUUGCAGUUUUACUCACUUCAGACUGACAAGCAGUUAUACAAUCUAGACAUUGUGCAGCAGGAAUACAUUAACCAAUCGGGGCUAAACCAGAUCAAGAUAGUCAAGGCAGCAUUUGACUUUCAUGGUACAUGGUUAGCUACUGUGGAAGAAAGAAUGGUUGAUGAAUCUGAAAUUGAGCUGCGGAUGAAGCUUUGGAUCUAUAAUGAGGAAAACCAGAGUUUCGUCCUAAAUACCACAAUUUGCAUGCCACAUGAAAACCACAUUGUAGCCCUAUGCUUUGGAAAUUUCAAUGAUUCCAGAAGUCCACCUACGUUGGUAACGGCUGGCCUGGACUGCCAAUUUAAAGUCUGGAUUCUGGGGGAUGAUUCGGAUAUAUACAGAGAAAGUAUAUGCUGGACGUGUGACUUCGUGGGGACGUAUCAUAACCUGCAGGCCACAAAUUGUAGUUUCUCCGAGGAUAGUUCCCUGCUUGCUGUCAGUUUUGAACAAAUCGUUACUCUGUGGGAUGCAGAUACUUGGGACCUGAAAUGUACUUUCUGUCAACCACCUGGCAAGAUACGACAUCUGGCCUUUGGAAGAUUUAGUUGUUCAAAGUACCUCCUUGCUACAACUGAUAAUGGGUUUCUCUGUUGCUGGAACCUUCUGUGUUGCAGCUUGGAAUGGAGUGCUCAGCUGAAUGUAAAGGCAUUGCAGGUUGAUCCUCUCUCUGAGAAUGUUGCUGUUUUCUCUGAAUUUCACAGAUGCACAGACUUGUUUGUUUUUAAGCCUAACGAGCCACGGCCUGUGUACAUGCAGAAGAAUGUGUGUGAUGUUCAAGUCAGGUGGGCUCUCUUUGUUCCAAGAGAACUGGCUGAGGAUUGCAAUUCAGAUAGCCAGCAGUGGUUGGCCAGAUCACAGCUCUACUUCCUCACAGAUUCACAGGAUUUGAUGACAUUCAGUACAAAACCAGUAGAAGAGAGACUAACGUUAUCCAGCAAGCAGCUGGCGACGGACGAAAAUGCUCCCAUGACUCCAUUCCAUGUGUUGCUGGGAAAGCACAGGCAACAACGAGAAAAAUCUGGGUUAGAAGGAGAACGAACCGCACUGCCUGAAGGAUCGGCUACAAUUAAUGAGAUGCUUCAUACACCAGCUCACGUUCUGCCAAAUGCUUCAUUUCUCUGUUUAAUGUUUAUGAAUUCGUUACUGAUUCCUAAAAUGGGCGAAAGCACAAAUGAAAAACAAGAGGAGGUGGAAAUAGAGAGUGAAAAAGAUGAAGAUGAAUCUGACAUCGAGAUGAAUCUUAUCGAAGAUGAGCAAGAAGUGAAAAAAGUGUAUUCGUCAGAGGAACUGUUACCGAAACUGACCAAAUCUGAGGAGAAAGAACUGAAAAAGCUACAGAGGACUAAUUACAGCUGGCUAUUUGCAGUAUAGACUGGAGAAAUUGAUUUUGGCUGGCAGUCAGAAGAAAUGCAAUUUUGUAUUAAAUAUUUUUUAAACAUAUUUGCAUAUGAGUAACUAUAAAGUUUUGUUUUAAAGAAAA